AUCUGAUUCGCUCAUCAAGGUGUGUGACACACCAUAAAUAAAUCCUUAGCAAGGAUUUCCCAGCCAAAAUGGACCCCGUGACUGUGUUCAAGCUCGUGUCGAUCGUGUGCAUCUGGGUCGUCGGACUCGUCGGUGGUCUGAUUCCUGCGUGUCUGGCCUCACGUCACGACAAGUCCCCGACGCUGAGUAUCCUCAGCGCCUUCUCUGGCGGCGUAUUCCUGGCUGGCGGCUUCUUCCACUUGCUACACUCGGCCAUCGAGAACCCGGCAUUACGCAAAUGGUCCACGGAGGACGAGGGUCGCUACGAGUUCCCAUACGCCGAAAUGUUCUGCACGUUGGGUUUUCUCGGUCUCUUACUGCUAGAACAGGCAGCGCAGGCCAAAAUGGACGCCAAUAACGAAGCCGCAGCUCAGAAUUACAUGCCUGCCAAGAGCGAGGACGAUGAGGAGCUACACGGAGCCACAGAGAGCGACGACACGUACCUCGAAGAUCUAGAUGAAGAAGAACAAGGACUAGGCAGUAAUGUGCGGCGCAGUUCUGGCCACUCGCACUUCGGUGGUGCUCCGAAGGAGGCAGAUGCCGGUUCUAUGGCUGUAGCCAUGGUACUUUUCAUUGCUCUAUCGUUCCACUCAGUACUGGAAGGACUGGGCAUUGGCGCUCAGACGGAGACAGCGUGGGGAGUUUUUAUGGCAAUUAUCAUGCACAAGGGACUGGCGGCCUUCGCUUUGGGCUCUGGACUCGUACAGAGUGCCAUGCCUGUGACGCACGUGAUGCUAUAUAUGGUCGUUUUCUCGUUCAUGAGUAUCAUUGGCAUUAUUGUGGGCUGGAUCAUCGCUGCCGACUCGUCCGAGGACUCAGCAGCGGCAGGGAUCUGUGUGGCUCUAGCGUCGGGGACAUUCAUUUACGUGGCAGUCAUGGAAGUCAUCCCACAGGAAUUCCCACGACACAGUCACGGAGGUGACGAAGGCCACGGCCACCACAAGAACAAGGCGACGCUGCAGAAGUCGAUCGCAUUGGUGGCAGGUUACGCAAUCUUCGGUCUGCUCGCUAAAUGGUCGUAACUUAAAACGUCGAAUGUUACAGUCAAUGUAACAAUUAUUGUUACAUACGUCUGAAGAGAAUAAUGGCAAUACACGCUGAGUAAGUGAAAUACAUACUGAUGAUUAACAUACGCUUGGCUUCUGGA